CAGGGAGUGCACAAGUGCCGCCAUACCUCGUGAUGACAUUUUUCGUGCUAGUACUCUUAUUUCUCUAGGUAGCAAAUACAGGACGGCACGGCACGAAAGCUCGAUCCAGCAGACUCUGCGUCUACCAUGGACCUUAGCUUCAACUUGCAGCUGCUGUUCAGCUCGAAAAUUCUAGAACAGCAGACAAGUGAAAACGCCUGUGGAUUCAUCACAUUUCGACUCUGGAGAUGAGAGUGAGGACGACGAUGAAUGGGAUUACGCGAUGCAACUACAUGGCGAAGGAAAGUGGGGAACGAUCGACAGAUGCCUCCCACCGAGAGCGGUAAUCAGUGCUUAGGGAAAAGCUUCAUGAUCGUAUGGUGGAGUUGCGUAAGAUUGAUGGAGACGAGCAGGGAAAUGAUUUGUUGGAAGGACAAAGAAAACAACGUGCCAUCCUUCGAGACAAGCAUAGGAAGAGAGCCGAGAAGGAGAAAGCGACAAAUGAAAAAGGAUGUAGAUGCAAAAACAAGUGGUGCGUCUAUCAAGGCGCGUGAAGGUAUGCUAUGCUGCGAGAAUGUCUACCUGAUGAGAGAGGGCAAGAACCAACUAUGUCCUCGCGAACGACACCAGCACCUCGAGCAACUGCGAACAGAUCAAUUAUGGAAGCGGAAUGGAGCUAAACUUUUCAUGUUGGCUGUGAAACGAGUUGUUGUUGUUAGCGAGAAAGAUCGGAUUGCGUUGGUCAUUCUGGCGUUCUGGCAGUGAUGCACAAUCUCCGGUCGACGAAGACUACCCCUUCUGCCAUUCCUGUUUGGAUAUGCUUAGCAAAGAGGACACAAGUAGCUCCGGCCAAAAGCGAUCCACGAUA